AUGAACAGCGUCGCUCAAAUAUGGGGACCUGCGCCAUCUCUGACUGCUCAGGCGGCAACUUAUAAAGCAAAUUGGGCUUCCUUUACUAAAUGCGGAGAUGCUUCACACAUAGAAUUCUCUGACGACCAUUGGUAUAGCCAGGACUUGAGUUCAGAUGAAGAAGAAAGCGCGAAAAAGAACGUCGAAAAGGCGAGCGUGAAUGUGGAUGCAAUAACACAACAAGCAUUAGUGGAGCAUUCACGAGAGUCCGCAGAAAGAGUAACCGCUUACUCUGUCCUCGAAAAUAGUUUGGAGCAGUUGCCACCGUUAAGUGAACUCAUUCCUGAUCCAGCCACCAAUUGGCCUUUCGAAUUGGACACUUUCCAGAAACAGGCCAUUCGCUGUUUGGAACGCAAUCAGUCCGUUCUCGUGACUGCGCCCACAUCCGCAGGCAAGACAGCGGUAGCCGAGUACGCCUGCGCAAUGUGUCGACGCCGCGGGUCCAGGGCCAUCUACACGAGCCCUAAGAAGGCACUUUCGAAUCAGAAAUUCCGUGAGUUCAGGCGGAUAUUCGGCAACGACGUUGGCCUCAUAACCGGCGACACGAAUGUCGCCAACAAGUCAGGAGUUCUCAUCAUGACUACAGAGAUCCUGCUCCACAUGGUGUGCAGCCAUGAUGACGCCAUCAGCGACCUGGGAGUCGUGAUUAUGGACGAGACACACUUCACCAACGACUUACGACGGGAUCAAGUGUGGGAACAGCUGCUCAUUGUGCUGCCGCAACACGUGGUGCUUGUCCUGCUUAGCCCGAUCCUGGCCAACGUCGUCGACUUUGCCGACUGGCUCGGUCGAAUCCGAGGUGGAACCUGCAUCCACGUGUGCCACACGCUCAAACGGCCUGUUCCCCUUGAGCACUUCAUUUACACGGGCAAUUACACUCACAGAGGGCGCGCACUGCACCUCGUCAUGAGUGGGAAUAAUGAAGUCAACCAGCGAGGUUACGAAGACGCUCUUGCUGCAUUAACUACCCGAAAUACGCAGGAUGAAUCAAGCUAUACCGCAGACAAGGUAACGCGCAAAGACACCAGUGAGGAGGGCUGUGAAGGCUGCAUUGGUCUCUGGUCUGGACUGCUACGCGUACUACAGGAGCACAAAUUGCUUCCCGCCAUUGUGUUCUCCUUUUCGCACAGCAAGAUCGCCCACCUAGUCGAUUGCUUCAGAACAGUCGACCUGCUUAAUGAGGCUGAGAAGACGGAAGUAGGGCUGGUCAUAAGUGCGGCCAUCGACAGUCGAUUGAAGGAAUGCGAUAGGGAUUUGGAGCAAGUUGGCCUCGUCCGCAGACUUGUAACACGCGGCUUCGCCUUCCACCACGCGGGCAUGCUGCCUGUCCUCAAGGAGGUCAGUUUCGUGUUUGACCAGUAG